CCCUUCAGCUGACAGCCCGGUAACGCAACACGCCGGACGGCACCACGUGUCGAGCGCGGAGGGAGAGCUUGAGCGCGGGACGAACAAACCGCUGGUUCGGCGGCCAACACCGCAGCUCGCAGACUGCCGCCGAAGCUCUCCCGAACCCACGAAGCCCCUGCGCCGGCGGCGGCAGAACGAGCGGGUCGGGCGCGGCGUACGGAGGCCGUCCUUGGCUAACCAUCCCCCCCUCCACACACCUCCACCAGCACCGCCCGCCGCGCCCGAGCAGACAGGAAGCCGCGCGGCGUGUGGCGGUGUUUGGGGAAGUAAGUAGCGGACUCUCGAACACGAGCGGAGGGACAGCCUGCGGUCGGCGUGUCUUCAGCGGCCCUCCCCGGCUCGCAGCAUGUCAGACCUGCUCCUGCUGGCGCUCAUCUCCCUGCUGCUGGCGACUCUGCUGGCGUCGGUGCUGGGACUCGCCGUCUACUCCGGGCUCGGCGCCGAGGUCGCCAUCCGGACGGGGUCGCCGCCCGUCAAGAGCAUCACCGUGGCCUACAAGUUCCGCCGGGGGCCCUACAAGGAGUGCGGCGCGCUGUUCACGGAGAGCUGCAGCAUCGGCCCGCGACUCCGCUCCAUCGGCGUCUUCUACGACGACCCCAAGCAGGUGCCUGCGGAGAAAUGCCGCUACAUUGUGGGCAGCAUAUUAAGCGAAGGAGAGGAGACGCCCUCUGACGAGUUGGUGCGGCUCUACGAGAAGUUUGGCUUCAAGAUGUUCUCCUUCCCCGAGGUCACCCACGUCGUCAUGACGGCCUUCCCCUUCAGGACGUUCCUGUCGCUCUACCUGGCCAUUCGGCGAGUGUAUCCCGCUCUGGAGGGCUACAUCAAGGAGCGGAAGUUGUGUGCCCAUCCCUUCCUUGAGAUAUACCAUGGGGAGCUCAUCUAUUACGUGUGCCCGCUGGCCAGGCAGGAUGACUUUUAUGUGCCCGAGGUGAGAGAAGCGGAGAAGCAGCUGAAGGACAUCGUGGAUGACGACCGACGCACUGACAUCACAGGUAACGAGUGCCCGGGUUGUCAGGGUGCCGAUUCGGCGAGUGACACGAGUUCCUUUGACCGAGAUGCCGCCUCUGACAGCCGGGGGUCCUCGCUGGCGACGUCGGUGGCCUCUUCCAUGACGCCACUGGUGAGCUACCGGGAGCAGGAGGAUGGAGACAACUUCAGUGACAAGAGUGACAAGGGCUCGAAUGACUCGGCGGCCAGCGGCUCCUCUUUCGAAGAGCUGGACCUCGAGGGAGUCGACGAUGGGAAGGACGUUGUGCCAUCUGACCGAGAGUUGGUGAAGCACAAGGACGGCCUGCUGGAGUUGAAAGAGUCGAGUGCGGCCACCGGCGAGGAGUAGAAGAGCGGUGGCAUCGGGCACAAAGGGACCACCGAUGAUAGGAGUUUCAGUAGUCUUAGCGUGUUGUGGUCUCCGGACCGCAGGGGCGGCGCAGCGUUGGCAUUCUGUGUCCGCGUUUGUCCUUUGUGUCAUUCUCCCUCGUCACUGAAUGUUUGAUGGUGUCGCGGUCGUCCAUAUCCCCCUCAUUUGAUCUCUGGUUCUCAAUUAAAUGUGGUUUGCUGUU